AUGGCACAACUCCAACGAAAUCAACGAUUACCAUAUACACCUCGAAACUUGACUCAACGUACACCCGAACAAUCGUACGGUCGUAAGAGCAAUGCCUCAUCUGUUAGAAAUAAUGAGUCAAUGUCGAAAAUACGUAAUCAACAACAGGUAAAUCAGGUUCGUCCACAAGUAAAUGCAAAUCGAAAUCAACAGCGUCGUCCAUCACCAAGAUCGAACAACGAUCCCCUUCCAAGUCAACCGACUCCUCCAUUUCAUCAAAAUACACAUGAGAAAGCUGUCCUCAAUGACAAAACUCAUGCUCAUUUCACAGAACAACAUCCGCAGCAACAAAAGAAGUUUGAUCAACAGAGAAAUACAAAAGAAAUGGAGCAGUUUCACCACAAUUACAAUCCAAAUGCGUUAUUUCCACCACAGAGUGGUAUUCUCUAUAGAGAAAAUGAUAUGAGAUAUGAUCCUUUGACGGGACAACUGAUUAAUCGAGAAUAUAAUGGUAAUAACGACAUUGUAGAUAAUCAUGGUAAUACAAAACAACGUCAACAACAGACAAUAAACAUGAACACAAAGACUAAUCCACAGCAGCAAAACGAACAAAGAGUAUUAGUAGUUAAAAGUCAAAACGUUACGAAACAUGACGAAAAUGUAAGUUUUUGUACAAACCCAGGUCCUUUAAACCGGCAAAAUCCGUUAAUUUUCCACCGGAUAUGUACUGGAAAUCAGCGGAAACCUGAUCUCCAGAUUCACGGCGUCGGAAAUCAACCAGAAUCGCGGAUUGCGGUAGUCGGAAUCCGGUCACCAGGUUCUGCUGGAUCCGGCCGGAAAACAUCGACCUAUAAAGACGAAUCUGUAGUGAUGCGAUUUGGUGACGAUGAAUUACCGCUUGGAUCAACAGUGAAUAAUCGACUACCUGUGUUUGCCAGAUUUCCGUUCGAAGUAUCAUUUCUUCCACAAUCAAUGGAAACGAAUGUUGAAGAUCAUAUUCACAAACUUCGAUUACGUUUAAUCGAUUCGGUAACUAUAAUUGAAACAUAUCGUCUCUCUUACAAUGAUGAAUUUAUGGCAAAUAAUCUGAGUAUCGAAGAAGAAUUAGAAAUACGUCGUAUACAUAAAGCAAUUGAUAAACAACAACGUUCACAGAUGAAUAUUCAUAAUUUUAUUAGAAAUAAUCCAAAUUUAAAAGAAGUAUUAAAAUCUCGAAUUGAUUUUUACAAUCGAUUUCAUUCCGAUUCUAAUACUAUAUAUGAUGAUGGAACUUAUCCUCAAUUAUCCUACAGUAAAUUACCACCAAUUGCAUCUAAUCAACAUGAUCCUGAGUCAAUGACAAAACAUACUACUACAAAAACCAUACCAUCAUCAAAUUUGCUUGAAAAGUCUGAACAUACAAUACGAUUGCCAAGCGAUAUAUAUCUGACAUCAAGAUCACUUGGGGAAAAAGAACAGAAUAAACAGAAUCCAAAAGAAAAUAGAGAAAAAUUGAAUUUAUCUAAUACGGGAUCAUAUACUUCAGUUGAUUUAGGUGCUGAUGGCUCCGAAAGUGAAACGCAGAUGCCAGGUGAGCGUUAUUCAUUUCCAACACCCGUCAACACAAAUCAUCCAACACCGGUCAACACAAACCAUCCAACACCGGUCAACACAAACCAUCAACCAUCAAAUCAGUCAUUUCAUUCACAACUAACUCAUAGAAAUCCUCCAAGAGAAACAAAUAGCGCUUUAAUAUUAAAAAUUCGUUUACAGGAAAUAAUUGUUGCACUGCAUCGAGUUUACCUUGAACCGGAUGGUCCAAUCUAUGUGGCUCUAUUAAAAAGUAUACAUAGUCCGUUAUAUGAAGCGUUAACAAUAUCAUCACCAAAAUACGAUGAAGCAAUCAACAACAUAGCCGAAGCACUGAAAAAUGUUAUAACAAAAAUUAUAGAUUUUAUGGAACAAUUAGAAUUUGACGAUGAAAAUAAGAAGACAAUGAAUGUUACGAAACAGCGGGCUACAUUACUGCUGAUAGGAGUAUUUAUAUUUCGAGCGCUAGUAACAACUCUACUUUGCAAACCAAUCAAAUACCGUUUAAUGUUAGGCCAAAUAUCGUCAUCUCAGCAAGCAAGUUUAAAAGUAUUAGCAACAUUAAUGUUAUAUAUUGGACGUUGUGUUUGUGUACCUGCUGGAAAUAUUCUGAGGCUACCACAUGAAUGGCAGUUAUCAUUAUUGAAUGACGACGCUAUUGAACAUAUUGUAAAAAAUCCUAAAAUAAAAUUGGUUAUUCAAAUGUGCGAGGUAACACUGCGAAAAUGGUGUGAUGAAUAUAUCCAUCGGAUCGACAGUGGACUUGGAAAGCAGAUGCGCUUCUAA